AUGGAGAUCGGAAUCGGCACCCCAGCAAAGAAUUUCACAGUUCUUCUUGAUACCGUUUCAUCAUUGUUUUGGGUGGAUACUAUCUUCACUCGACAACCUCAUCAAUUUUUUGCGAAUAUUUUGGCUAACUCGUCGAUACUAAGUUCACUUCCGUCUCCACUUGAUAUUUGUAGACUGCGAAGUAGUAGGUAUUAUGGGAUGCAAAUUACUGCUAUGCAGUACAAAGAUUGUAUUACUAUUGAGCAGGCAACAGGACAAGAAUUAAUUUUACCAAGAGCACCAUUUUGCUUAGCUACCUCAGUUAUCUGGAAUGAUAGAGAAGACUAUCAAGGAGUAAAUGGAAUUCUUGGCUUAUCAUAUUUAUCUCUUCUGGAUCGUAACCUUAUUACAAAAGCUAUCUAUGAUGGAAGAUUAAAUCAAAUUAUUACUGUUGCACUCCCAAAAUAUGAAUUAAUGGGUAAUGGUAUACUGACGAUAGGUGCAAUUGAUGAAACUUUAUGCAAUUCAGAAAAUUACAAUCCUGAAUUCAUACUUCCAACUACACAAAAACGUUAUGAAUUUAGAUAUUUGAUGAUAUCUUUGGGAAAUGCGAAAUUCUCUUCAGUAUUCAGAACUAUUGCGUACCCACACAUUCGUAAACCGUAUAUUGCUGUACCACACGAAUUUAUGCAAAAAAUUGUUCAAAAUUACAAUGCACAGAAAAAUGAAACGACAGGAAAGUAUAUGGUAGAUUGUGAGCAGCCAUUUGCUCCAUUCAAAUUAUUCACCGCAAGAAAUACGUUUGUUCUUGAUACCAAAUACUUCAUCAUUGAACAUGAGGGAGGAAAUUGUGAAUUGGCAUUCAGAACACGUCAGGGUGUAGGUAAUCCAGUUGUUCUCGGGAUUCCAUUUCUUCAACAAUACUGCACUGUUUUGGAACCGAGACACAAACGUAUCAGCUUCUUACCCAUAAAAAUGAAUGAUUCUGAAGAUUUAAUUGUUAUGUAA